CUUUGCUCUUGCUCUUUGAUGUCUUGCAGGCUCCGGCUCCCCAGCACAGAGGAUGAGGGGGGAGAAUGUCACCAAGGUCAGCACGUUCGUGCUGGUGGGCUUCUCCACGGCGCCCCAGCUGCAGUAUGUGCUCUUCCUCCUCUUCCUGCUCACCUACCUCUUUGUCCUGGUGGAGAACCUGGCCAUCAUCCUCACCGUCUGGGGCAGCGCCUCCCUCCACAGGCCCAUGUACUACUUUCUGGGCGCCCUGUCCUCCUUGGAGAUCUGGUACGUGUGUGACAUCAUGCCCAAGAUGCUGGACGGCUUCCUCCUGCAGCGGAAGCGCAUCUCUUUCGUCGGGUGCAUGACGCAGCUCUACUUCUUCAGCUCCCUGGUGUGCACGGAGUGUGUGCUCCUGGCCUCCAUGGCCUACGACCGCUACGUGGCCAUCUGCCACCCCCUGCGCUACCACGUCAUCAUGACCACGGGGCUGUGCGUGCAGCUGGUGGUCUUCUCCUUUGUGAGCGGCUUCACCAUCUCUGUGAUCAAGGUCUACUUUAUCUCCAGCGCCACAUUCUGUGGCUCCAAUGUCCUGAACCACUUCUUCUGUGACAUUUCCCCCAUCCUCAAGCUGGCCUGCACGGACUUCUCCACGGCAGAGCUGGUGGAUUUCGUCCUGGCCUUCAUCAUCCUGGUGUUCCCUCUCCUGGCCACCGUGCUGUCCUACGGGCACAUCACCCUGGCUGUGCUGCGCAUCCCCUCGGCCACCGGCCGCUGGAGAGCCUUCUCCACCUGCGCCUCUCACCUCACCGUGGUCACCAUCUUCUACACGGCCAUGAUCUUCAUGUACGUCCGGCCCCAGGCCAUCGAUACAAGGAGUUCCAACAAGCUCAUCUCUGCUGUGUACACUGUCCUCACCCCCAUCCUGAACCCCCUGAUCUACUGUCUGAGGAACAAGGAAUUUAAGGAUGCCUUGAAAAAGGCCUUGGGCUGGGGUCGAGCUUCAAAGUAGGACCAUGAAGUGACGUAGAAUGUAGUUGGUGGUGAUAAAACAACAUCACACAUGGCACUUUCUUUAAUUUUUAAACCAAAUUUAACAAACCACAAAACUGCACAGUAAAGAGCCUUCUUCUGCAUGUGUGUUUCACAAAAGGACUGACCCAUGUAGGCAGCUCCCAGGCCAGAGCGAGAAGCUUCCCUCAGACGUCCCCCCAUGGCUGUCCCAGCUCUGGACUUCCAACGCCAGAUGCUGGCACUGGUGUUUUUGAGGGUUCUACGACUGUACUUAUGGAGUAUUUACCCACUACAUUCAGCUUCUUUCAUGCACCGUGAUGCCUGGGGGAGUCCCUGAUGGGUUUGCAGGUAGCAGUAGUUCGUGCCUUCUCACUGCUGUGUGAUACUUGCAUAUUUCACAAUGCAUUUAUGUGUUUUAUUGCUGUGGACA